AUGCACAGUUUCAACCAGUACCCAGCUCACCCAUUUGUUGUCGAUUCCUUUAAUUUCAUUUCUAUGAACAAUUUACAGACAAAGUUUCCACUUAAAGAGACUUUUGAAGAUGUUGUCAAUAAAACUGGAAGUUCAGAAGAAAAAAAGGAGAUGAUCAAGAAAGAAAGAAAAGAAAAAGGGAAGGAGAAGCAGAAAAAUGAAAAGAAGCCAAGAAAGGCCAAAAGUGAAACAACAAUUAUGAAGGCUAAUACAAUAACAGACGAAAAAACUCCAGACCAAAAGUACCCCAAAAUCCGAGUCAACGGGAAAGUCCUUGAAAGGUUAAAAACGAUUCAAAAAGAGAGAAAGGUCAAAUCAUUCAAUGAAGUUAUAAAAUUGUUGCUAAAAGAACACGAAGCUUUGUUGUAA